UGUACGGAUUGGUUGGGGAAGCACUAAUGAACCAAGCAGCAUCUCAGACGAAAGACAAGCUGCUGUUGCUAGGUUACAUUGCGUACAAAAAGUGUGGCCUAGUUCUUGUUCUGCUGUUGUACGUUCUCCUUACUAUGGAUGCUUUCCGUGCCUGUCGCUUCCCUGCUAUCUAAAAAUAAGCAAUGGGUCAUGGUUGUCCUUUUCGUUGUGCUGUCCGUCCCUCAAUUGUGACUACAUAAAAGCCUGGAGAGUUUCCUUUGCUGUGUUUCAGAUUCUCUGCUUCAGGAUUGCCCUGCCGGGGACAAAUUCUUAUUCUGUUUGAAACCCACUUCAUUUCCCUUGAAACUACGAGAACACAUACGUGCCAGUGUGAUGCACUCAAGAGCUUACUUGUUGCUGGAAAGAGAGUUUGUGGAAUAUGAAAAAGCCAGGAUCUUCGGCAUUUCUAUUGCUCCUGUGGCAGACAGCUUGAUGGAAUGGGUAGCUGAAAUUGAAGGACUGAAGGAUUCUCUAUGGGAAGGUAGCCAUCCAGUUUCCUCGACAUUUUGUGGAGCUGAACUCCAACUGUCAUUGAGGUACACUGAAGACUACAACAGAGUCCCUCCAAGUGUCACUUUCAACACUAUUCCUUUCCAUCCCAAUGUGGACCCACAGUCUGGGAAACCUUGUGUGGAUUUUCUAGAUGAUCCUACCAUGUGGAACACCAACUUUACGAUGACUAGUAUCCUACUUAGUAUCCAGGUUUUGCUGUCUAAUCCAGUUUUGAAAGACGCAGUGAACCCAGAGGCAGCUAAAAUGCUGUUGAACAAUUAUCCACUGUAUAGAGAAAGAGUUAUAGAGUGUGUCAAAACUAGCCAGCACCUAGAAGCUAUUCCGAGCAGUUUGGGAAGAUCUGCCUUGUCACUCAAGUUUUUCCAUAAAUCCGAAACAUGCAUUCCUGUCCAAACAAGAAAAAUUACAGCCAUAUCUUAUGAAAAUUAUUUUUGUACAUGGUUUAAAAUUGCUACAUCAAAAACAGCUGAAGAUUUUAAAACCACAGUGUUUGAAGACCCAGACUUCAUAGGAAACCGCUAUGAAUGGAUGGCAGGAAAUGUGGACAAAGGAGAAUGGGAUGAAAAUAUACAUCGACAUUUAAUCUCUGAAUUUAUCAAAACCCAAAAGAAAGAAAGAUUGUUAGAAAGCCACAUAACUACUCAUCAUAUCCCAAGCCCAACUCCAGCAUCUGGAUCCCAGAGGACUUCUGCUGUGGACUCUAAGAAGCAAGAUAGAAGCCAAGAUGAGGAGCAAUGGGAGAAGGAAGUGGAAGAUCUAGUAAUGUGGUCUACAAGUCUUGAUCUGAUCAAAUAAAAUGGGUCUGAGCUAUGGUCACUAAUGUAAUCAAGCUUAAGCAAAGUAAUUCUUGUUUGCAGUAGGAUCAAAUGUUCAGGGAUUAGCCAGGAGAACCCCUUGCCCUUAUACAGUUCAAUAAGAAGGUGAUUAUUAGAAAGGUGGUGUGUUUUCAUUGUCUAACAUCCACAGACUGCUUGAAUCAUAGCCCCCAGGGUUCUCUCCUUAUGAAAGAGUGCCUGCAGGCACACUGAUAGAUGGAGUUUCUUGGUGGUUCAGAUAAAACUUGAUUGGCUUUAUUCAAAGUCACUCAUUAUAAAUAACGAACACAAAUGAAGUGUAUACAUUUCAACACCAGUGUAUUGUUGUUAUGUAUUAUAUAUAUAAGCACUAUAUAUGUACAGGGUGCUUUACAAAGUAUAAAACAUCACGCCCUUGCUCUGGAGGGCUUACAAUAUUUAAAUCAACACAAGAGAAACAACAGAAAAGGGGAAACAAAUGGAAGCAGAGAUAUGUGAAGGAAAUAAGAGAGAGAGCAUCAUACAGAUGUUGUGGGAAUGCCAAGAACAAGAGGCAGAAAUGGCAGAGUUGUUGAGCAAGCUGGAGACCCCAGCUUGGAGUAUACGAGUCACUUUUCAGGUACAAUAAUCUUUUGAUGCAUAAAUAAUAAAGUGUGUAGCAAUAAUACCUUCCAGCCAUGUCAGCCAUGGGUUAAGUCUUAUUGAUUAUUUUUGUAGUAUCAUCCAUAUAAAAACCUACAUAUAUAAUAAUGAUCACAAAUGAAGAAGGAAUGUUAUUUUAAUAUGUAAGACAAACAAUUUCAUCUUUGCUACUGUUUUUCCUCAGUAGGUUGAGAAUAUGACCAAGGAUAUCCACGCGUCCUCCAUUGUACUUUUGUCUACAUGUUUUCUUAUAUACUAGUGACUUUCUAGCUAUUCCUGACUCUACUGUUGGUUAGGAAGGUCAUAGCUCUUAUCAUGUCUGUUUCCUGCCCUCCUAUAACUUAUUUAUUCUGAGGCACAGCCCUUUUCCUACUUUCACCUCCAGAUCUGAUGCCCAGAUCUGUUAGUGUAUGAGAUCACUGGGUAACUUGAUAAACAUAGGAAAGGAGACAGAAGAGUGGGAUGGUGACAGGCAUCACAGUAUACAUGUCUUUGGGAAUGACAGGAAUACAUUGUUGACUA